AUGGCUCCCAUGGGUGCAAAACGAGCAAGACAUUCCUUCUCACCUCCACGGCCGGGCAAGAACAAGACCAAAACCGUCCAAAUGAGCAGCCUCGCCGGGCGGAAGAAGACCUCAAAAGGCGUAAGCAAGUCGGCCCAGAAACAAGCGCCCGGAAAGAAACAACGGCAACGGGGCACAGGAGGAACGAUGCGGGCGAUAUUGAACGAUGCAGAUGAGGACGAGGACGAGGAGCAGGACCAAGAAGAUACAGCUGUCUCGUACCGUAGGCGCUAUGGCAGAUAUGACGACGACGAGGACGAGUCCGACGAAGAGGAUGAUGACGAUGACGAUGAUGGACGAGGACAACAGGGCCAAGACGAGGAUGAGGAAGACCAACCUGCCCCCCACCCAACCUCGUCACCAGAGCCCGAAUUCAUCCUGGCCGAAGUAGCGACCACGGCGCCCAGGAUAUCGAAAUCGGUUUCCGGGCCAUCAACCACGGCCAUGCCCGCAGCGCUGAUCCACCGCAUCAUGCACUCGCAAUUCAUGGCGCCGGACCAAACGAACAUCUCGACCGACGCGCGUGCUUUGUUCGCCACGUACGUGGAGAUCUUUGUGAAAGAGGCCAUCAGGCGGUGUGUGGACGAGAAGAAGGACAGACAAGGAGUUGGUGAAGCUGCGGUGGACAGUGGUUGGCUAGAAGUCGAGGACCUGGAGAGAGUGGCGACGCAGUUGUGUUUGGAUUUUUGA